AUGUAUGGAGCAGCUGAUGUUCAACACAGAUCCUCGUUUACCAGUGCUUAUUACGACCCGUUUUAUCCUAAUUGUGGUCCAACAACAUGGAGCUCAUACCCGCCGCCAACAUAUCAGAGUCAAUCGGGUCAGACUGUCCCAUCCAGUGCCGGGUCAUGUCUGCUGCCACCGGCACCCAAAUCAUUAGUUGGGCCACACUUUACACCAGUUCAUCAUCAGAGACGUAAACGCCGAGUGCUCUUCACUCAGGCACAGGUUUAUGAAUUGGAAAGACGUUUCAAACAACAGAGAUACCUAUCAGCGCCUGAAAGGGAACACUUGGCAUCACUUAUACAACUGACACCAACACAAGUGAAGAUCUGGUUUCAGAAUCAUCGCUAUAAAUGUAAACGUCAGGCGAAGGAAAAGGCGAUGAGUGACGCCUCGCCAACACCACCACAAAAUAGUACAUCCACUGGCAGUGGUGUCAAUCAAGCGGGCACCAGUACCACUAACAACUCAAGUCAAUCCUACAGUUCCUCUCCACGUAAGGUUCCUGUUCAGGUGCUUGAAAACAAUGAUUGGGGAACUGGUAUGACGGGAUUGACACCGGUAACGGCUAUGACCACUGUUCCAGAGUGUCACGGGAUUCCCAUGCCACCCCGUUCCAUUUAUUUCGACCGUUCCCUUCCAAUACAUUAUGGAAACGGGAUUCCACCGGGAUUUCAAUAG